CGAUCACUGGUUUACUGGAAUUCAAGAUUGAGAGCUGGCCUCCUCGGAGAGUGCGCGCGCAGAGUAUUUAGCUCGUCCUAUCAUUUGAUACAAUUUCCGAUUGCCCGCACCGCCAUGGAACAAGUACAACCGCAACAAGGCGACCUUAACUGGCGCCUCAGCGCUCAUCCAAUUACUCUUAUAUGCUUUCUAGUGUUUCGCAUCGGGGCGCUUCUGAUGUAUUUAUUCGGUGUACUUUUUAUCAAGGACUUUAUCCUCGUCUUCAUCUUCACGCUUCUCCUCCUCUCCGCCGAUUUCUACUACCUCAAAAACAUUGCCGGUCGUCGCCUAGUCGGACUCCGUUGGUGGAACGAAGUGAACGUCACAACCGGUGAUUCGCACAUGGUCUUCGAAUCGUCCGACCCCAACACCCGCACCAUUGCUGCCACGGAUAAGCGGUUCUUCUGGCUUAGUCUGUACGUAGCGCCUACGCUCUGGGUAGGAUUGGCAAUUCUAGCGAUUAUCAAGUUGAGCAGUGUUAUUUGGCUCAGUCUAGUUGCGAUUGCCCUGGUUUUGACGAUUACAAACACCGUUGCUUUCUCCCGUUGCGAUCGGUUCAGCCAGGCUUCGACAUAUGCUACUAGCGCUUUUGGAGGGUCGAUUGUGAAUAAUUUGGCCGGGGGUCUGCUGGGCAGACUCUUCAAAUAAGCUGUCUUUCUUUCAUUUUUCUGAUGCAGUAUGGUGGAUGAUUGCCGUUCUUGACAGCUUGGGGGUAUUGCGUUAGGGAUGGGUACUAGUGCUGGGCUGGAUGGAUGAGCUGUAUCUUACUAUACUAGCAGGAAGUUUUGUUUGAAUAUGAAUGCACUAUAUCCAACGAAGAGUCACCCAAGUACCAAGCCGAUGCCUGACUCGUCUCCGUCUAAAAGGUUCUCCACAAUCACCCACCGCCACGAUGGCACUCACAACAAUGUCUCGUCCAAAAUCACCUAGCUCAAAUCCUAGGGUGCCUCCCAAGCAAUUCCCUACGCAACAGGCCCCUCGGAAUGCGACAUGAAGAAGCCUCAAGUUGGUAUAUCUUUCGUCUGAUUUGAGGUUAAUCCCUGCAACAAGCAAUUCCUCG